AGUGAGUUUCAUGCCUGCCUGCUGCCCACUGCCUUCAGCUCUGAACCUACCAGGGAGCCUGGAAAAAUAACCCAAUUUGCAGACCUAAGACCUUAUUCUUAGAAAGAUUUGCUGGAAAACACCAGGUCAAGGAUCGACUAGCACCACUUGAGAAGAUUCAACAACCAAACUGCUGCAAACAGUAGCUGAGCGAUAUCUUCCUUUCUUCAUUUUAAAAAAGUGUUUAGGAAAAUUCAUGUCCUUCCUGGAGAAGCUGUCAGGGCCACGACUCUGGCAGUGAUGGCUCUGACUUCACCUGCCUCUGCAAAUGAGUCACGGAGUGUUACGAAAAGCAAGGAUCUGCCAAGUCUCUCUUCUUGGAACUGAGUGGAAAUUUCAGCAAGCAGCUGCUCUUUCAUUAGUUUAUACUUUUCCUCCUCGGGUUUCUUGAAGGGGGCCUGGAAUCACAGAAACUUUGUGGCAUAAAGGACCUGUUGCUGUGUGUGGAUAACCGUGGCUCAGUCCUAGAAAUGUCUUUGUGGUUGGUCUAGAUCUGAUUUUGAUCUUUGUGAGGAAUCUCAGUGAAGCCUGGAAGGAAACUCGGGUAUAUACUUGAGCAGUGACUUGUCCUGUUGGGCAACUGGCUUCUGAGUGAUCCUGGAGACAUGCCAGCCACUUGAGCUGAAUCAAGGAGUGGCAGGGACAGCAUCUACCUGGGCUGAAGUUUUAAUCCUAGGCACGUGGCAUUAGCAUAAGUCAUCACUGAUUAUUUCCCUCAGUAAGGGACAAUAAGAAUGAAUGGACAUAUAUCAAACACCCCUCCUGGUGGAUAUGGAAGUUAUUUUCCUCAAAUGAAUGGCUAUGGUUCCCCAACAUUUGCUCAAGCAGAGAGGGAGCAGAAUUCAAGAACAAGUGCAAAAGCUCUUUAUGAACAAAGAAAGAAUUAUGCACGAGACAGUGCCAGCAGCAUAUCCGAAACUUCACAGUAUCAUGUAGAGCACUUGACCACCUUUGUUUUGGACCGAAAAGAGGCAAUGAUUACGGUAGAUGAUGGAAUAAGGAAGCUAAAAUUGCUGGAUGCCAAAGGCAAAGUGUGGACUCAAGAUAUGAUUCUUCAAGUUGAUGACAAAGCUGUCAGUUUGGUGGACUUGGAAUCAAAGAAUGAACUGGAGAAUUUUCCUUUAAGCACAAUUCAGCAUUGCCAAGCUGUGAUGAAUGCAUGCAAUUACAAUUCAGUUCUUGCAUUAGUAUGUAAAGAACCAACCCAAAACAAGCCUGAUUUGCAUCUUUUCCAAUGUGAUGAGAUUAAGGCUACCUUUAUUCAUGAAGAUAUUGAAAGUGCAAUCAGUGACAGCAAAAGUGGGAAACAAAAGAAGAGGCUUGAAACACUGAGAAUGAUAUCCAAAGCUGACAGUGCUAUUCCACCGCCGCCGAGGGCGCCUGCCCCUGUGCCACCAGGGACCAUCACCCAGGUGGACGUGAGAAGCCGUGUGGCGGCGUGGUCCGCGUGGGCUGCUGAGCAGGGGGAGUUUGAAAAACAUAGACAAUACCAUGAUCAUGAAGAAACAGCAGAGAUAAUGGCAGCCAGGAUUGACAGAGAUGUUCAAAUUCUGAACCAUAUUUUGGAUGACAUUGAGUAUUUUGUUACCAAACUUCAAAAAGCUGCUGAAGCUUUUGCUGAACUUUCAAAGAGGAAGAAAACUAAGAAAAGUAAAAAGAAAGGACCUGGAGAGGGGGUUCUUACUCUACGUGCAAAACCACCACCUCCAGAUGAAUUUGUUGACUGCUUCCAAAAAUUCAAGCAUGGCUUCAAUCUUCUGGCCAAAUUAAAGUUCCAUAUCCAGAAUCCUAGUGCAGCUGAACUGGUUCAUUUUCUCUUUACUCCACUACAUAUGGUGGUACAGACAACAGGAGGUCCAGAACUUGCUGGUACAGUACUAAGUCCCCUCUUAACAAAAGAUACUAUAGACUUCCUACGAUACACUGUCACCAGUGAGGAAGGACAGUUAUGGAUGUCAUUGGGUGACACAUGGACCAAAGCCAGAGCGGACUGGCCCAAAGACCAUUUUAUUCCACCUUAUGUCCCCCGUUUCCGAAAUGGUUGGGAGCCUCCUUUGCUGAACUUCAUGGGAGCUCCAAAGGAGCAAGAACUCAAUAAUCUGGCUGAGUCAGUGGCUAAUGUUGCAGAGCAACAGCGAAAGCAGGAAUUGAAAAGACUGUCAACUGAGCCUCCCAGUGUUCCCGACUACCCUCCUUCCGAUGGGUAUGCAUUCAGUAACACGGUUUACAAAAGAGGGCCUCUGCUGGACCAGGGGGCAGCUGUUGCUGCCUUUAAGCAAACUGUUAGCCGACAUGUAGAUAGAAACUAUGAAGCACACAGUAAAGCACAGACCAAGAAAUAUGCCAAAUGCAAGUAUGAUUUUAUGGCAAGAAACAAUAGUGAGCUUUCUGUCAUGAAAGAAGAGAUUGUAGAGAUUCUGGAUGACAGAAAGCAGUGGUGGAAGGUUCAGAAUAAAAGUGGCAGCACAGGCUUUGUGCCAAACAACAUUUUGGACCCUCUGAGGAAUCAAGAAGGUGGUCUAGGAUGGUCAGAGCCUGCAUAUACUCGCACCAUCCAGCUGUUGAUGCCAAAGAAGGAGUUUGAAUUAUUUAAGCAAUUGCUGGGAGAGCUUUCAGAGAAACAAAGGACGGACUAUGUUGCAAAACAACCUGACACAGUUCCUGCUACUCCUUCGCCACCUCCAGCACCUGCUCCUGUCCCCAUGGCUGUCCCUCUCCCGCCUAGCGCACCAGCACCUAUACCGGUUCCUGUGCCGAAAGCACCAGCAACCAUCAGCCGCCAAAGCAGCACCUCUAGUGACAGUGGUGGUAGUGUUGCACGUGACACCCAAAGGCAGAAGCAAGUGCCUGUGGAUCGCAGGAAAUCGCAGAUGGAGGAGGUUCAGGAUGAACUUGUUCAUCGACUCACCAUCGGCCGGAGCGCUGCCCAGAGGAAGUUCCAUGUGCCACGACCAAAUAUCCCGGUAGUGAACAUCACUUAUGACUCUUCGCCUGAGGAUGUGAAAGCAUGGUUGCAGUCCAAAGGAUUCAAUCCUGUGACUGUCAAUAGCCUUGGCGUGCUGACGGGUGCUCAGCUUUUCUCCCUCAAUAAAGAGGAACUGAGGACUGUUUGCCCAGAAGGAUCUAGAGUCUACAGCCAAAUUACGGUACAGAAAUCUGCCUUGGAGGCUAACAGUGGUAGUUCAGAACUGCAAGAAAUUAUGAGAAGACGACAAGAAAAAAUCAGUGCAGCUGCCACAGAUUCAGGUGUGGAGUCCUUUGAUGAAGGAAGCAGCCACUAAAUGUUUCCUCUUUUCUUUAAUUCCAUUGUCCAUAGCAUUAUACCGUUCAGCUUUGCUUUAGAAAGCAAUGAAGGGGAAUGUCUUAUUAUAUUGUAAACGUAACUAGCCACCAUAAAGAAAAUUUACAGUAGCCUCUGCAGAACUACCUGCUGCUGGCUUCUCAUUAAAAACUACAAGAUGAGAAAUUCAAUGGAGAUUCCUGACAGGUGAAAAUAUUGGCAUGUCACUCAUUUACACCCAAAGAUGAGGCUUGGCUUUAUGGAAUUAACAUGACAUAAACUGGAACGUGUCUGUGUUUGUGAUUCAUCCGAGGGAAGCUGAGCCAGCAAUAAAAAAGCAUUUGAACCCUCCUUCAGUAAUAAUAAGAUUCUGAAUCCCAUCUCUUGCUGUAGUGUGCAAUUAUGUCUUUUUGGCUCAAGUCUUUCCUGUCGUGCGUUUGGCUGCAGGAUGUAUACUUAAGUCAUUGAUGCCAGCAAUUGGAGAGGAAAUGCUUAGAGAAUGAACAGCAGCCCAACUUAGACUGAAUCUUUCUUGCAUCAUUCCCAAAAUGUUUUAUUACUAAUGAUGCUGUUUAUAGCACAAUAAUACUCUGUAAAUUGAUUUUUAUCAAUAUUUCACUCGUGCUGAACUAUAGUAUUGCACAAGAAAAAAUAACUAGAAAAUAGUAACACAGCUCAGCUCAAAGAGGUGAUCAGAUAUGCUGUAGGUAGCCAUGAAACAAUUUGCAGUACUUUUUUUUUUUUUUUAAAUAUACUUGCAUUUUUUUGUCUGUAAUUUAACUCAUCAGAAGAACAGUGUAUAAUCUAGACUUCUCUGUGUGUUGAUCCCAGAUGUCAGUUUUUCCUUAUGUAAAAAGCUAUUGUACCUUUAUAAAAGUAAUCUUCUGGAAAAGUGGAUUCUGGAGGCAAAAGGGAGAGAAAAGGAAAUAUCCCUUCCAGCAAAUACUAUUUUUGAAGAUGCAAUGAUUUUUGUCACAAAACGUUCUGUUAUUUCACAUGGUUGUGUGAUUUUAUAUAUAAUAUAUGUAUUAUAUAUAAUAUAUAAUAUCACUUAAUUUAGACAGAUUUAAUCAUCUAGUUUGAUUAAGUAUCAUAGUGCCUUUUUCACAUGAAAGCUUAAAAUCUGCAAUAAACAGUAUUUCUUGUCUGUUAAAUAGUUGUAUCUUUGUGGCUACAAAGAUGGUAUUGAAAUAAGAAAGUGUUCUUGAUUUUUGCCAUUAGUUUGCUCUUCCUCUGUGUAUAAGGGAACAAAAAAAUCCUAUUCAUUUUUCAUUAUAGAAAAAUUAAAGAAUCUUAAUAAAGGUGUUUAGUGCCA